GAGCACGUAAACAACAACAGUACGAACCCACCCUAGAAAAAAGCCCAUACACUUGGACCUUCUCCCCUUCCCAUUUCCACCCGGUGAUCUCGCCGCCGGGACGCACCACCGCCGGCGCUGACCUGCCGUGCCCAACAUCCGCCUGCUCGAAGUGCCUCCUGUUUUUUUCUUUUAUUUGGAGCGUCUCCUCCGUGCUCAGCGGGCUACCGCCCUGCAGCAGAUCCCGCGGCCCCGAUGCCUCCUCCCGCCGCCCCGACGCCUCCUCCCGCCGAGCCGCUGCCAAAUUCGCCAGAUUCUACCUCCCCCACGGAGGAGGCUGAGGCGGAUGCGGGAGGCACGCCGUCGAGGGCCGGGCCGGUGGGGACAGUAAGCUGGGGAACCGGGACCAUCGUCGGCGUAUUCACCGGGCUUCUCUACGGCGGGGCCAAGGAGGCCAACGCCAACGUCAGCAAAGAUGCUGAAGUGAUGUUGAAAAUGGGAAGCACCACUGACAAGCGCGAACAGUAUAGGUUGAUGAGAGAUGCCAUGGAGAAAAGGUUCAUCCGGGUUGCCAAAGGCUCACUAGUUGGUGGUGCUCGCCUUGGGAUGUUCACUGCAACUUUCUUUGGCAUACAGAACCUUCUUAUUGAGAACCGUGGGGUACAUGAUGUAUUCAAUAUUGCUGGAGCUGGCUCGGCUACCGCAGCUGCUUUUGGGCUUAUAUUGCCUGGUUCACCGAUGUGGCGUGCAAGGAAUGUAUUGGUCGGAUCUGCUCUUGGUGCCGGAAUUUGCUUUCCCCUUGGUUGGGUACAGUUGAAGUUGGCAGAGAAGGCCAAUCUUGAGAUUGAAAAUUCAAAAUCGCCGUCAGAUUUACAAGGCAAUCAAAGUCGUGUGGGGGCCGCGAUAGACAGACUAGAGAACAGCCUGAGGAAGUAACAGUUUGUACCCAUGAGAGGAGCCAAGGAUCUGUUGUCAACACCCACAGCUAUUUCGCUUUUGUUUUGUUCAUGUACUUUUCAUAGGAAUGUGGUUACUUUUUGAAGUGGUAAUGGCAGCAAGGGAAACUCUCUUGUAUGAAGAUAAAUUUGGAUACAAACACUCUUACUUGCUGGAGCUGGGAUAUUUCUAGUUAAGGUACCUGUUUGGGUGUUUGUGCCAUUAUGACCUCUAUAUGAUCAGCAUUGGGGAUAGUAUUCAUGACUUCUCGUCAGCUUGACAA